AAAAUAUUUGCGAAAAGAAUCAAAACAAUCAAAACUCCUUAAAAUUUCUGAUUAAUUAAUUAGAUUUAAUUAUAAAUUGUGACAUUAUGAUGAUCAACAGAAACGGAAUUCCAGAUAAAGCAUGGCAACCAUCAUCUGUAACGCUAGAAACGAGUCUUGGGAACUUUACAAUUGAGCUGUAUUGGAAGCAUGCACCAUUAACUUGUCGCAAUUUCGCUGAAUUAACUCGUCGUGGCUUUUAUAAUAGAAUUAAAUUUCAUCGCUGUAUCUCAGAUUUUAUGAUCCAAACAGGAGAUCCAACUGGGACGGGAAGAGGAGGAACAUCAAUUUAUGGCGCGAGUUUUAAUGAUGAAAUACAUCCGGAAUUAAGACAUUCAGGCGCUGGAAUCGUUUCAAUGGCAAACAGUGGUCCAAAUACUAAUGGAAGUCAAUUUUUCAUCACUCUUGCUCCAUGCCAACACUUGGACGGUAGUCAUACAAUUUUUGGACGUAUUUCUAGUGGAAUGGGUGUGAUCAAGAGAAUUGGAAAUGUCGAAACUGAUAGCAAUGACUGUCCAUUGAGUGAUGUAACCAUUUUGUGUGCAAGAAUAAAUGAAUCGUAAGCAGUAGUCACGUACGAAUUUGAGUGUCUAUUUUUGGGAUUGGAAUAUAUUCAAAUUUAGAAACGCAAUCAAAGUUGUUAUGUUAUGCAAAAACAAUGCUGGAUGUCCUUGAAAUGUUGCGUCGGGUAUAAGGUAAAUGGCAAAUCAAUAAAAAUUAGAUUAAUCCGUAUAGCAAUUUGGUGCGUGAAAGGAGUUUUAAUAAGGAACUGGAAAU